AUGGUGAAGGGCCACAAUGUGCCUAUCGAAUCGCCCCAACCUUAUGCGCUGGUCGUGCAUGGGAAGUUUACAGGGAUUCUACAGAGCCCUAACAACCCAGCUGUUGAGACAGAUGUUACAGGGGGUGCCUGCGUGAUUGUGGUGGCAAUCAUAACAGAGGGGCCUCAAGGGCCAACAGCUGAUUCAACAACCAGAUUUGAAUUUUCGACAGAAUCUGGUUCACCAGCUUUGAAUGGCUUCGAGUGCCAGCUGAUUCAGCCAGGCAACCUGGCACGCAUUGAUGCCUUGCACGAUUGGGAGCCCUGCACGAGUGGGAGGACAUAUACCGAUCUGCCAGAUAUGCCGUACAAAUUUUCUGUCCGGCCUGCUGGAGAGGACAUUGUGGCGACCAGAGACUUUGUGGUGGACACCACGCCUCCCAUCACUCAGAUCCUUGGGGACCCUGUUGGUUCACAGCCCUCCCAGGAGAGUGUGGCUUUUGUGUUUUUCACCAGAGAUGCGACUGCUGUGCAGUUCUCCUGCAGGCUGAAUGUUGAUGGUCCAGGGCAGCACACUCUGUGGAGGCAAGAUGGUGGAGAUGUCAUCCUAGGGGAGUGGGUGCCAUGCAUCAGCCCCCAGAGGUACAACGGACUGUCCUUCGGCCAAUGGUCCUUUGAGGUGAUGGGAACAGACGAGGUGGGGAAUGUGGAGGCCACGCCUGUCUCCCAAUCUUGGGGGAUAUCCUUCAAUGAAGGCCAGUUGUAUACAAGGACUAUCUCUGGACCUCCAACCAUCGUCCCAUUUGGCACUGUGGAGUUUAAACUGCUGGCUCUGGAAGGCCGGGGCACCAGCGAACCUGUGGUAUUGCUGGACACUGCGCUGGAGUGUAGUCUUGUGCGGGCUGAUGACAGGUCCCCUGAUUGGGCGACAUGCUCCCCGGUGCAGACAUAUGAUGCCUUGGAGGAUGGUUCUUUCUUGUUUGAAGCCAGAACAGUGGAUGCUAGUGGCCACUCAAGGGAAUCUAUCACGCAGGUUGUCUUUGAUGUGGACAGUACGUCCCCGACAGUGACGAUCGAACGACGGCCAGAAAGGUACCAUGGGGCCAGCACUGUUUCAUUCUUCUUCGAUGCAGAUGAAGAGGUGAAGGGAUUCAACUGCUCACUCGCGGCUGUGGCAGAAAACCCAAGAUUUGAAGUUUGUGGAGGACCUGACCGGGGUUCUGCAGAGUAUGACAUAGAAGAUGGAGAGUAUGCCUUUGUGGUGGAGGCUACUGACCUUGUUGGAAACAAGGGGCUGUCAGACCGAGCAGAAUUCAUGGUUGACACGGCAGCACCAGUUGUGGCAAUCGACUACAAGAAUUCCACCAGCAGCAGCAACGUCUCCUUCUCAUUUGAGGUGUCUGACAAAGGUUCUGGAGUGCUGCCUGCCAAUGUUUCAUGCUUGUUACGCAACAGUGGCGGACAAGUAGACUCUGAAUGGCUGCAGAACUGCACAAGCCCUGCAACCUAUACACUUGCUGAAGGAAAGUACGUUUUUAAUGUUCGGGCAGUGGACAGAGCACGACUGCAGAAUGAACUGAAGGACUAUGUGGUCACUGUUGACCAGACGCCACCAGUGUCCAGCAUUUCCAAGGGGCCUCCUGAGGGUCAAAUUCUGCCAGCUCGGGUGUCUUUCACCUUCACAGCUGAGGAUCAACCUGCAGAAAUUGCAUCUCAGGUGGCUUCUUCAGAAUGCCACUUGAGUUUUGUGCAGCCUCUUGCUCCUGAACUUGACAAGGAGGAUGGUGGAGAUGACAAUGGACUCAACGUGGGUGGAAAUGAGAACAACAAGCUCAUGUCUACAAGUCAGCCAGCUGCGAUCAAAGAUGGAGACGUAUCCAUUUCAAUUCUCGAUGGGCCCACUUUUACUUUGGGGGCUUGGGUGGAUUGCGGAAGUCCUGUGACGUUCCAGCUUAUGCCCUCAGGGCAGUACGAAUUCAGGACAAGGGCAACCGAUCAUGCAGGCAACAGGGGGAAUGCGACAGAGGCAUACUUGUUUGAAGUUGACGCAACGCUUCCCAUCCCUGGAGAAGGAGGAGACUCCAGCUCCUCAACCCCGACUUGGAUGUGGAUUGUCAUCAUCGUGUCGGUAGCCGGUGCGCUGCUGAUGGUGCUGAUUGCUGUGGGGAGGUGCCGGAGGAAGGCGAGGCGGGCUCAGCAACAGCGGCCAGGAUACCAGUACUACGCGAAUGGCAGCAGUCCUGGCGGCGCCUAUAGUGUGCCUAACGGAGCAAUAUCUGCAGCAAUGGCUGCGUCCGUGCAACAACAGAGCAUAGAAGAGCAGAACAGGGUUAGGGAAGAAAGGCGGCUUGCAGCCGCCCUGGCCGCCUCGAAAGAAGAGUAUAAUCUCCAACAGGCGCUGAAGCAGUCCCUACAGGAGCAGCAGGCCCCUAGUCCGCUCCCAGCGGCUGUUGCUGGCCGCGAUGAUGAUCUCCAGAGGGCAAUCGCCCUGUCACUGGCAGAUUCCGCUUCAGCACCUCCCCAACCAUGGCCAUGA